CGCCGUUCGGCCGAGCAUGGCGUUCGAUGGAACGUCCGGUGUCGACGGCCUCCGGAGCAGGUGGCAUGCGCGCCGCUUCGCCCCGGAGAUCAGAGCCGCCUUCGGAGUCGUGGUAUCUCCGUAAGCGUAAGAUGGCCGCGGUGACAAGCACGGGGGGCUGUCAACUCCACCCGGGGAGUGCCUGAAACCUAAAUCCCGCGCCACCAGUGUUCAGCGCGUCGCGUUACGAUACGUAAAUCGUCGCAUCACGUUGCAUCGCGUCGCGUUGCAUCGAGCGCCGCGAUCGGAUUACGAUGCGCGAGUACGCGAGUCUGCUCGGGACUGUUCGUCUGAUAGAAACGCACCGAGACAGCCGGAGAGCGCACGUCGUCUCGUAACCCCUCCGCGCGCGAGCUGCGUCGGCGUUCGCGUGCACACGUGCGACCCGUUUUCCUUUCCCUUCUCGCGGACGACUCUCGUCGGCGUUCCGCGCGCGUCGGUCGAUCGUACCGAGGCGUGUCGGUGCCGAGAUAAUUCGAACGGAGUUCGAGUCCGAUCGAGCUCGCGGCCGCCUCGUCGCAUGGUGAGGUAAAGGCAUUUGGUGGAAAGCGUCGCUCUCUCUCUCUCUCUCUCUCUCUCUCUCCCGCAGAGAUUAGAUCCCUCGCCGGCUUUGGAACUCGUUCUCGAGCAUGGAGGCGAUAGUGGAGUACAAUUACAUGGCGCAGGAGGAUGACGAGCUGACACUGAAGAAGGGUGACAUCAUCACCGAGAUCAAGGUGAUGUUCGGAGGAUGGUGGGAGGGAACCCUGAGGGACAAGCGUGGCAUGUUUCCCGAUAACUUUGUUAAGCUGUUGGACUCGUCGAUCGCUAGCGGAAGUAACGGCAGCGAGACCAGCACGAAGUCGGACGAGGUCACCUUGAGAAACGGAUCUGGUAGACGGUUCUGCAAAGUUCUCUUCAGUUAUGACCCUUGUAACGAGGACGAGCUGACCUUAGUGCCGCAAGACUCUGUGGAAUUCUUGGGAGUAAUGGAGGAAGGAUGGUGGAGGGGUCGUCUCAGAGGUAGAGUCGGCGUGUUUCCCUCGAACUUUGUUUCAUCGCCUGCCCCGGAAGAGCAAGAGAGGCACAAAGAGCGCGAUAAGAAGGAAAUGUGUAGGGUGCUCUUUCCGUACGAGGCUGCCAAUGAGGAUGAGCUCACCCUGGUCGAAGGAGAUAUAAUCACCCUUUUAUCUAAAGAUGCACCGGACAAGGGUUGGUGGAAAGGAGAGCUGAAAGGACAAAUAGGUCUGUUUCCCGACAAUUUUGUCGAGGUGAUCGGCGUAAAGAACGAAUCCCAGGAACAAGAAUCCCAAUGGGCGCACGAAACAACGUCAAGUAUCAGACAUUCCCAUAAAGUGAAGAAAACCGAAAAGGCGCACGUUAGAAAAAGUUUGGACACCAGGAGCAUACAUUCAAGUAAUAUAUCAGAUCAUUUUCCUGCCAUAGACACCGCUAAAAAGGGCCUAUCUUCGUUGUCGUCCUCGACGUCCUCGUCGUUGACGGCUACCGGAAGCGGAAGCGGCGAUAAGAAGGCGGCCGGCAGCCACUCGAUUAUAUCGAGCCUGAAGCGUCUCGUGAGCGACGUGGGGAAUAAUAACGGUGUCAGCAGCACGACGAGUGUCGCCUCGGAGUGUCGCGAGGAAUUGGACGGUGUAGAGCGGGGGGAGGGCACUCCACUCUCGCAUUUGACGGCCUCUCGCGCUAAGGCGCCUCGGCGACGUCCGCCUUCGUCGCAGCACCUGCGCUACCACGCUGGGUCCAGCACGAACGCUGGAUCUUCGACAGUUUUCAGUGCCCUUUUGGAAGAUAAUCUGUCUAAUGGACGCACCGAUACCACGUCGGAGCAAAUACCUGACGAAGAAACGGAUGGGCUCGCGGCGAAAGCGAGGAGGAAAGCACCAUGGGUUGAAGAAUUGAAGAUGAAUCAGAUGGAGAGGAGAAAAACUGCCACGGUUGAUCGAGUCGAAAAAGUGGAAGUCAAGAAGGAUGGAGAUUUCCCGCGGUUUGAUAGACUGAUGGCACCAUACAUCGUGGAUUCUACCAACAAGCCGGAUAUCGAUAAUGACGAUAGCAAGCCGAAAGAUAAAAGUCCGAGAAGCGAGACAAGCCCUCACGCCGAUCAUAGUCCUAGUCCAUCUGGUCAACCAGGCUACGUCCCAUAUUCCCUCUACAGCAAGUUAUUGGAAAGGGUCGCCGCGUUAGAGGAGAAACAAGCGGUAUUGCAGGCGACAAUAGGACAGCUCUCCGAACAGCUCGUACCUCUUCUCGCGAAUGCAUCGAUUAACAACAAAGUAUAAUACGGUAUUAUCGGUGUGUGUGUGUGUGUGUGUGUGUGUGUGUG